AUGGCGUCUAAUGAUUAUUCCCAAACAUCGAGCCAGGGCUAUGGCUCCUAUGGUGGAGGAGGUGGAGGUGGUGGUGGAGGUGCUAACCAGGGCUACGGUCAAGCUUCUGGGCAGAGUUACAGCCAGCAGGGCUAUGGAGGCUACAACCAGAGCUCCGACAGCAGCUCCGGUUCCUACAACCAGGGAGGUUACGGCAGCUACGGUCAACCACAGUCAGGAGGAUAUGGUUCUCCACCCUCUAACCAGGGCGGUGGUGGCUACAAUCAUUCCAGUCAGUCCUACAGCUCCGGAGGAUACAACAGCAGCAACCAGCCAUCCAACAUGAGCUACAACCAGCAGUCGUCGUUCUCUGGUUAUAGCCAGCAGCCGCCUCCAUCUUCAUCCUCUGCAGGCUAUGAAGGCAACUCUCCAGCCUCCGGCUACAGUCAGCCACCAAGCAGUGGGCAGAGUGGUGGAGGUUAUGGCAGCAGUGGAGGUCAGCCUGGUGGCUACGGAGGCAGUGGAAGCCACCAGCCACCAUCUCAACAUGGAGGAGGUCACUACAACCAGCCGCCGAGCUACAACUCUCCUCCUCCACCAAGCUACAGCCAGCAGAGCCCGUAUGGUCAGAGUGGAGGAUAUGGAGAUGAAAGCCCGCCGAUGAGCGGAGGAGGAGGAGGAGGAGGAGGAGGAGGAGGUUACAGCAGUCCUGAUGGAGGUUACGGAGGCCAGGAGGGCCGUGGUGGAAGAGGACGUGGAGGUGCGUUUGGAGGUCGCGGUGGCGGCGGAUAUGAUCGCGGUUUUGACCGAGGCGGCCGAGGUGGACCAAGAGGAAGAGGAGGGAUGGGAAUGGGCGAUCGUGGAGGAUUCAAUAAGUUUGGUGGACCACGAGACCCGGGACAUGGACAUGGAGGCCCCGGCUUCAUGCCAGACCAGGAUAACUCUGAUAAUAACACCAUCUUCGUACAAGGCCUGGGAGACGACUACACUGUCGAAUCAGUGGCUGACUUCUUUAAGCAGAUUGGAAUCAUUAAGGUCAACAAGAAGACAGGCCUGCCUAUGAUCAACUUGUAUACCGACAGAGAGACGGGGAAGCUGAAGGGCGAGGCCACAGUUUCCUUCGAUGACCCUCCCUCAGCUAAAGCUGCCAUUGACUGGUUUGAUGGUAAAGACUUCAAUGGAAACCCAAUCAAGGUGUCCUUUGCCACUCGCAGGGCUGACUUUGGAGGCCGAGGUGGGAUGAGGGGAGGUCGAGGACGAGGAGGGCCGAUGGGUCGAGGAGGAUUCGGAGGAGGUCGAGGUGGAGGUUUCCCAGGAGGCAACGGAGGCAGCGCAGGAGGAGGAGGAGGUGGUGGUGGAGGAGGAGGUGGACAGCAGAGAGCCGGAGACUGGAAGUGUUCAAACCCCAACUGUGGCAAUCUGAACUUCUCGUGGCGUAACGAGUGUAAUCAAUGCAAAGCUCCUAAACCUGAGGAUGCUGGUGGGAUGCCCCCCAUGGACAGAGGAGGUUACGGAGGAGAUCGCAGAGGAGGGUUUGAUCGCGGCGGCUUCAGAGGCAGAGGAGGCGACCGAGGAGGCUUCAGAGGAGGUCGAGGAGGCGACCGGGGAGGAUACGGACCUGGAAAGAUGGACGCCAGGGGCGACCGCCGACAGGAGCGUCGAGGCCGACCGUACUGAACCUUCCUCCGUCGCUACAAAGACCAGUGUGAGCUCCACACCGGCUUCACCUUUUCUAAACUCCGAUUUAGUGUGUAGACAAAUGUAACUCUGUCUGUUUUUGUGUUCGCUCUGUGACUCACUCUUUCUGCUCCACGAGGCCUCGUUUAGAAACACUAAUUCUGAAUCUGAAGUCUGAGACAACAAAGUUCAUAUAAAAGACUUUACUCUGCAGUUUAGAGGAUAAAUCUGGUUGACAGACAAACACAAAAUAUAGCUGUCAGUCUGAAAUAAACCAGAAUUAUCCUUUAACACAAAUAUAUCAACAUUAAUAUGUUUAUAUCACAACCUGCUGCAACCAACACAAAUACUAACAUGUGUGUUUUGUUGAAGGAGAAACAAGCUUGUAGUUCAAACUAAAAGGCUUCAUCGAACUGUUGAGGUCAGUUUUUAGGGUUUGAGGAUAUUUUGCGUCCAUAAGGUUAAAAAUACACAUUGUUUUACUAUAGUUAAUCUAUUUGUGCGUUUAGAUUUCAUUCAUAAGGCAAAUCUUUCAAUGCCAUUUUCUCAAAGUGAGCUUUAUCCUCGUGUCACUGAAGUGAGGAUUUUUGGAUCAGACACCACUUUAAUUCCUGUUUAUAUUCUGAAGGUUUUUACACACAUCAUAUAUCAUUCACGGCCUGAUUUAUAGAACCUUUUACUCGUAAAAAUAUGGAACAAUAGAUUUUGUUCAUGACAGUAUUUGAUAAAAAGAGAGAUCCAAAGUCUCUUCUGUAUAAACCUGUGAUUCUGAUAUGUCAACAAAAUGAAACAAAUUCAGACUUUUGAAGCUGCUUUAUCCAAUGUUUGCAUUUCUAUUCUGGAGAUGAAUGCAAAUGAGCACAUUUUUAAUGAAAUAAUGCUUGAUUUUAUACUGAAAGAUAACAUAUCAGAAAACAUUUUAAAAAACUAAUAAGAAAAAGAAAUCUUAGUGUAAGAAACCAUAUCUUUUAUGGCAUUUUUGCAAAAGGAGGUUUUUGAAGCUGGAUUUACCCAGUGUUUAGAUUUCUAAAAACAAAUGCAAAUUAGACUUAAACUACCGGAUUUGGAUAUUUAAACAUAAAACUUUUGUGUAAUCAGCUGAGGAAGUUUCAUGGUGACAUCUGUAAGUUCCAACACACGUAGCAACGUCUUACAUCAGUCAUCUUGUGCGUGGCUGUUUGUCAGUGCGACUUUACGCAUUUCAGGAUGAAAGUUAAAUGUUUAAAGUAAAAUUGCUGUCUUGACAUCAAUCAGGAUUCUUCUUCAGACAGAAAGCUGCCUGAUUAAUAAAAUGGAGUGCAUGUCUGAGAGGGGUUAGGAGGAUUAUGUAGCCUUUGGCAGCUGACACUCUCCGUGAUUUUUUUCCACUUAAACAAUAGAACCAGCUCAUAUUUCCACUUAACAGCUGCAGUUAACACACGGAAGGUUGUAGCUGUCAGUCGAAGUGCUUCAAACAUUUUCUCUUUAAGGUUUUGUCACUUCAGGGACAAAAAAACCUGUCCAGUGGCUCUUUACGCUGUUUGUCUCCUUUGUUAAUGCUGGCUGCUAGUGUUCCUUACUUAUUAGCAGAGAAGGUAGAUGAUGAAGGUGAUGAUGGUCAGACCUGUGGAAGUUCAACCAACUAAGAUUUUGCUGUGAUGCUGCAGGAUUGGAAACUCUUCUUGCCUUUGAACAUUGAAUCGUGGCCAGUUUAAUGAGGUUGUUUGGACGAGUAUAUACAAAAAAAAGACUCUUUUGUGUUUAAAUGACAACAGAUAUGUCAGUUAGUCAAAAAUAUAAAAUGUAAAAUAAGUGAUUUACUUAAAUAAUUCAACACAAGCGCAGCCAGAGGAGUCAUCAGUGUCUUGGUGGCCUCCCUCACUCGUCUCGUUCUUGUAAUUCUGAAGGAGUUAGAGGUCACCAAGACACCUAUCACUCCUCUGAGAGAGUCAUAAGAAAGUCAGAAAAGUGAGGGAGGCCACCAAGACAUGUAAAACUCUUCUGAAGUAGAAGUCACAGGUGUCUUGGUGGCCGACUUCACUCGUCUAUUUCUUGCUUGGUCGCUCAGUUUUUGAAAACAACCUGCUCUGUGCAGAUUUACACAUCCUUCCAUUUCUAAGUGUUGGGUAUUUACUGGACUCGAAGGCAUAUAUUCAGAUAGAUCUGCUUGCGGCGUUGUUUUGUCUUCAUGGUGCAGCUCUAUCCAGAAGCACUGAUUCACCACUGAAUGGACCUUCCAGAUACAGGCGAAAACAAUCACUUAUUUUGCACUUUAAAGUCUUUUUUUGCAAAUCCUUGUCAGUAAAGCCAAAUUAAACUGACAAUGAUUCAGUGUUUGACUUCAAGGAAAUCAACUUAAGGGGAAAACGUAGACGCCGUAGAUGCACAUUUAAGAAAACUUUUCGCUGUUUUUUUUUUUGUACUUCCAUCAACAAACAGGCUAGUUUUACUUAAAGGUCUGGCGUGUAGGAUUUAGUAGCAUCUAGUGGUGAGGUUGUGCAUUGCAACCACCUGAAUACCUUCACAGUAAGUUCUUCAAAUAAAGUAUGUAGUAGAACCUGCAUGCCGAGUUCUGAGAUUAUAUAAUCACAACAGGUUUGAUUUUCAGGUGGUGUUGCACUAAUAAAAACAUGCGACUCUCAUUAGCAUUUGAAAGCAGCUACAGCUUGUAUUCUUGUCUGACAGCAUGAAAAGACUGAAUAUGCAGAAAGGACGCUCGUGUUUAAAAGCAUUAUUUAUUUUAAGUUAUGUUGCUUUUAGAGAAUUUCACGUCUCUGUUUGAGUUUGGUUGUUUCUUGUUAUUAUUUAUUUAUUCCGGUAGCACUGCACUUUGUACGUCUGUUUAGGAUGCCUCAGUUAAAUAGAGAAUAAAGGCGUGUUAGGAUCAUUCAGUGAACUGGUUAUUGUCGGUCUGUAGGGGAAAUAAAAAGCUCAUAUGGUUGGAAAUGAAUUGACCUGUUUUGUGUUUGUGACCAUGGUUCUUCUUGAAUUCAGUGUAAAUCUGUUUGAAGAGAGGAGCGUACGAUCUUUGAACACCCUGAUCUAAAAUGCCUUUAUGUGGAUGACUUAAAAUAAAAUAAUGCAAACGAAAA